AUGAACAAUCAAAGUCUUUUCGAAAACUGUUCAAUUCAUUAUCAAAAUGAGAUUUUAUUCGAAAAUUGUACACUUACUUCGGCUCCGUGUCUUUUGAUUCAGGAUCUAAACACAGCAAUUUCUAUAACAUUCAAUGCAUAUUACAUAUCAAUAUCACUAUUCUCUGCAACAGCACUUAUCAAUUUAUAUUGCCUCUGUGUAACACUUCCAUUACUUUUCGAAACUGAAGAAGAACUACAGAAGCGAUAUAUUUUCUUAGUGACUCGAUGUCUUUCCUGUAUAUUUAUGGUUAUUCCAAUGAUUUUGAGCACAACUGUAAUGAAACAUUUUUUGAAUUCACAUCCAUCAACAUUCAUCCUAUAUGCCCUAAUGAAUACUGUCAGCAAUACCAGUAUGUUCGGAUUUUUAGGGUCCUAUGCCGCGUUGGCGCUUCUUUUCUAUGUUGGAGUAAUGUAUCCGGUGUACUUCAGAUCUCUCAUCACUUUACGAUUUGUCUAUAUUUUAGUUUUGGGAAUUUAUUUGACUUCAUUGGUAAUUUCAAUACCUAUCGGUGUGUUUCAAGCAGCAAUUCAAAGUCCCGGAGUUAUCAACUGCAGCUUAUCAACCUGUGUACCAUGGGUGAAUCUCAUUGAAUUUAUAAUUGCCAGUGUUUGCUUGGUGUUCACAAUUGCUAUUUUAUUUUUUGUAUUUAUCUCUUUGGUGAGAAGUAGCAGGAAAUUGAAAAGAUCAAAUACUCUUUCCUCAUCUGCAUCCUCUGUGAAACGGGUCCGCAAUCGUCUUGGUUGGUCAAUUAUUGCAGUUUGCCUUAUUGCAGCGGCUCAAAUUAUUCCAUACGUGUUUUUACUUGACGUAGCACCUCAUGAUAUUGAGACUUGUAAAGGUUUCUACAAAGCAAAUAAGUUUAUGGGAGAAGUUAUUGCAGGACUCUGUGAGUCAGUUGUAUGGAUCUUCCUGUUCAUUUUGGACCCCAUCGUCAAUAUUUUCUUCGACAAAAAGGUCUCGGAAAAAGUAAAACAACAAUUUCGAUGGCUUCGUGAGAAGAUUCCAAAUAUUUCUUCUGCUGCAGCAUUAGCGCCAUUGUGA